CCACAUGAGUGUACUGUAUUGAUCAAUUAUUAACUUGUUAUAUUCACUACACUAAUAAACUCUUAGGACUAGAGGGAGGAGUUAGAAGAUGUUCUCAAAGUACAUUUAGGUUUUUCCUCUGAGAGGAUCAAGGAAAUUGCACAUCGAGAUGGCGCUUAACUGGCCCGGCCUGCUGUCAAUCGGGGUGUUCUACCUCAUCGUCCUCGCGACAGGCGUCUGGGCGUCCAGGAAGUCCAAACGCGAGGAGAGGAAGUGCACUGGAAACCUUAGUGAGGUUGCCAUGGUUGGAGGGCGGAACCUCAACAUCUGGGUCAGCAUCUUCACUACCACAGCUACAUGGGUGGGAGGAGGUUUCAUCUUAGGCAAUGCUGAGGUGGUCUACGACCCUAAAAGAGGCCUGGCUUGGGCCAUCGCACCAAUAGGCUUCGUCCUUAGCCUGGUUGUAGGUGCAUUGUUCUUUGUGAAACCGGUCCGAGAGAAGAAUUACGUCACCAUAAUGGAUCCGUUCCAGGAGAAGUAUGGAAACACGUUAACUGCUAUUCUCUUUGUCCCAUCACUCCUUGCUGACAUCUUCUGGAUAGCCUGUGUGCUCGCUGCAUUAGGGGGAACGGUGAGUGUGAUCAUGGAUAUCCCAUCACCCUUGGCUGUGGCCCUGUCUGCUGCCGUGGCAGUUCUCUACACAUUACUGGGAGGGCUGUACUCGGUGGCCUACACUGAUGUCAUCCAGCUCAUCUUCAUGUUCCUCAGCCUGUGGUUCUGUGUGCCCUUCAUACUGAUGAGCCCCGCCUCAACAGACAUUACAGUCACAGCGGUGACAAAACUGUAUCAGGAGCCAUGGACCGGCAGGCUGAAGGUGGCAGAUGCAGGGCGCUGGCUGGAUGACCUGCUACUGGUGACUCUAGGUGGAAUCUGUUACCAGGCCUUCUACCAGAGAGUCCUGGCCACAGCCACUGUGGCUCAGGCUCAGUUCACUUGCUAUGCUGCCUCUGUCUUCUGCUUCAUCCUCGCCAUACCACCUCUUCUCAUUGGUGCUGUGGCAGCAUCCACAGAUUGGAACCAGACCAGUUUUGGUCUACCUACUCCCUACGAGCAGGGCAAGGCGGGUAUGAUUCUGCCCAUCUCCCUGCGCUACCUGUGUCCACCUUUCGUCUCUCUUGCCGGAAUCGGCGCCAUUGCUGCUGCCGUGAUGUCAUCUAUUGACUCGGCCCUGCUGUCUUCUGCGUCCCUUUUUGCCAGAAACAUCUACAAAAACAUUUUCAGCAAAAGGGCCUCUGAGAAACAAAUUCUACGGGUUGUAAAGGUGUCCAUCCUACUGUUUGGUUUCAUGGGGGCAGGCUUGGCCAUGACGACCUCCUCUGUGUAUGUCUUCUGGAUUCUCAGUGGAGAUGUGAUGUACACGGUAGUGUGUGCACAGUUGAUCUGCAUCCUCUUUCUACCUGGGAAGGUCAAUGGGUAUGGUGCCUUGGCAGGCCUUGUGGUAGGGCUACUGCUGCGGCUACUAGUGGGAGAGCCCCUGCUUGGUGUGCCUGGACUCAUGCCCCUUCCCUGGGACAGCCUACACGAGGACGGGUGUCUGCUGCAUGUCUUCCCAUUCCGCACCGGCAUCAUGUUGGUCUCUCUGGCCACCAUCCUGGUUGUGUCACGUUUCGCAGCCUGCCUUUUCCUUAAAGGGCUACUGCCUGACAACUGGGAUGUAUAUGGACUUGGUCAAAAAAGGAGGAUUUUGAUGAAGGAUAUGGUAGCUAAGGAUCUGACUGAGAAGAUUGGACUGAACACAAGGCAGAUGGACCCAUCUCCUCAUGCGAACACAGAAGAUAUGAGGUCUUUACAAUGACUUGGGGUUUCAUCAUGUAGAUAGUUACAGUGGAGCAAAAAAGUAUUUAGUCAGCCACCAAUUGUGCAAGUUCUCCCACUUAAAAACAUGAGAGAGGCCUGUAAUUUUCAGCAUAGGUACACUUCAACUAUGACAGACAAAAUUAGAAAGAAA